AUAUGCGCGUGCCCAUCAAGUCGGUUUGAAUAAUGCGCAUUCGUUAAUAUAACAACAUUACCUUUGAGUUUUUAUUAUUAAUUCUGCAGCGCUGUGAGACUACUAUUACGGGCGAUGUAAUCAGGAUCGUUUUAAAAUAUCUAAUGAUAACUAUAUCGUUAGAUGGUGAAGUGUUAAAGUUUACGAAUGGAUGCUAAACACAUUUUAAGUCGAUAUGGAUACAGACUCGGCUACACUCUUGGCGAAGGGACGUACUCAAAGGUGAAGUUUGCAACGUCCGAGCAGCAUCAACGAGACGUGGCCAUCAAGGUCAUCGACCGCAGGAAGUUGCCUCCCGACUUCGAGGAGAAGUUCUUGCCCAGAGAGGUGGACCUGCUCAGAUCCCUGCACCACCAGAACAUUGUGGAGGUCCUGCAGCUCAUCGAAGGCUGCCGCGGAUACAUCUUCUUUGUCAUGGAGCUCGCGCAGUCCGACCUCCUCCGGCUCAUGCAGGAACGGGGCAGCCUGGAUCAGCGCACGGCUCGCGGGAUCUUCACAGAGCUCUGCAGUGCCGUGCACUACCUGCACCAGAUGCACGUGGCUCACCGCGACGUCAAGUGCGAGAACGUGCUCCUGGUCGACGGGCUGCACGUGCGUCUCACCGACUUCGGCUUUGCCCGGCAGUUCCAGAUGGACCUAGCGUCAGUCCCAACGCACCACCGAUUCUCUAGUGCGCAGUGGUUCUCAACAGUGCGGUCCCAGGUUACUGGGUCCGUGACGGUCCUCCAGGUGGUCCGUGGGGCUGUGAUGCAAAUGCACCCGGGCUGUCUGGAGGAGCUGAGCAAAACUUACUGCGGCUCUGCGGCGUACACGUCGCCCGAGGUGCUGCUGGGAACGCCGUACGACCCGCGCCUGCUCGACCUCUGGAGCCUGGGCGUGGUGCUCUUCAUCAUGGUCACGGGCUACAUGCCCUUCGAUGAUUCUAACCUGAUGCAGCUGGUGCGCCAGCAGAAGAAGGGCGUGACGUUCUCUGGAGUAGCCACUCCGGGCCCAUCGUCUCACGCGCAGCCACUGCCGGGUCCCUCCGGCACGGACGACGGCGGUGGCGGUGGCACUGCCGAUGACAGUGGCCACGACGACUUCAUGGCUGGCAACGUGCCGUCGGGAUCGGGGUCCUCGUCCUCGCCACGGAGAGACGGUGCGGGCUCUUCGAAUGCCACGGUAGACACCCGGUGCGAGGACCUCAUUUUGAAGCUGCUGUCAUUCAAGCCUUUGGCUCGACCUCAGCUCGCUCAGGUCUUCUUGCACCCAUGGAUGAUGGAGGCUCCGGAUCAAGACCUAAUGCUCAUCCGCUGACUGUGACCACUUCUGGCUGAGCUGACCCAGGGCUGGCACAAUCCCCACGUGGUUCCUCUGUUUGGUUCUACGACGUAGUGGUUGAGCAAAGGUGCCUUGAGUGACGCAGCGCUGCUUUGUAAUAAUUAAAAUAUAAGCUUUG